AACUUUGUUACGACCCCCUAUUCGUGAGUCCACGUCCUUGACGCAGGGUAUGGAACUGAGAAAUUCUUAAGGAAUGGAUUUUUGGACGCUCAUUACAAGUUAUGUGUGCAGUGUGACUUCCUUAGUUUCAACUCCAAAUGGAUGUCAUGUUCAACCUCCAUCUGCAAUCAAACAUGUUGAUAACCAGGUGCAGAUCGUUCCGUUCGUGCAAGAGACGGGCUCCUACCUCCCACUGGCCAUUCAAAUCUGCUCGAACGUGGUCGAUCAGACCCUCAACUCGCAAAUGAAACAGAUUGUCUACGACUCGUUCGUAUCGAAAGAGCUGAGCUCCGCGCCACCGACCACUCUUGUCGACGACGCGCGCGCAGAACCUGACACGGGAGCACCCGCCACCGUUUCAACUCAUUCCAAAACGAACAGUUCCGUCGCGGCGCCCGGUUCCCCACAGCAGAGGUCCCUUUCGACCCCAGUUGAAAAGGACGCCUCGCAACCGAGGCUUGUUUCAGAUGAUACUCAAGCUUCGCAGUUCCAAGUUGAAACCGAGACCUCACAAACGGCUUCUUGUUCGGAUCUGGUGGAAACGGAGCCCCCGCGGGUGGAAGCCUUUUCCGAUUCCGACGAAAAAGAGACUCCUCAGGCGAGACCUUUCUCGACUCCGGUCGAAUCCGAUACGCCGCAACCGAGACCUCUCUCGACUCCGGUCGAAACCAAAGCUCCGCAGCCGAGACCCUUUCCGAUCCCAGUCGAAUCCGAUAUGCCGCAACUGAGACCCUUUUCGCCCCAUGUCGAAUCCGAUACGCCGCAACCGAGACCUCUCUCGACUCCAGUCGAAACCAAAGACCCGCAGCCGAGACCCUUUCCGAUCCCAGUCGAAUCCAAUAUGCCGCAACUGAGACCCUUUUCGUCCCCUGUCGAAUCCGAUACGCCGCAACCGAGACCUCUCUCGGCUCCAGUCGAAACCAAAGCCCCGCAGCCGAGACCCUUUCCGAUCCCAGUCGAAUCCGAUAUGCCGCAACUGAGACCCUUUUCGCCCCCUGUCGAAUCCGAUACGCCGCAACCGAGACCUCUCUCGACUCCAGUCGAAACCAAAGCCUCGCAGCUGAGGGAAAUUCCGACUCCACUCGGAACAAAAACCCCGCAGCCGAGACCUUUUUCUCUACCAGGCGCGAUGGAGACCCCACUACCGAGACCAGUCGAGACCGGGUACUUGCAGUCCGGGACCUCUUCAACCUCGGUCGAAAGCGAGACCUCUACGGAGUCGGGAAAUUUCGAGCUGCUGCGGGCCAAGUACGAGUCCCAGUUGAAACGGAUCAUGGUGUCGGAGCUGUUCGACGCGGAGAGAGCGCCAGUGGAGGAGGGACUGCUCUUCAAGAGCGACGCGGGAGCGGGGGUCGUGUCCAACGAGCUGGACUCUCUACCGGGCUCGAAGGAGGACCCCAACUACUGGCAGCCGGACGUCGAUAGGCUCUUGGAUUCCAUCAAAGUCGCCGAGAUGUUCCGGCAAAUCUCGCCGGAGCUGCUGUGGCUCGGGGAGCUGAGGGAUCAUCUCAUAAGUGAAGCCAUCCACAAAAGACUCAGGAACACCUCCGGAUUAUCGAGCGAUGUGAUUCAGUUUUUGUACCAAAUUGAUAACGUCAACGCCAGGGAUCAAACUUUAAUCAUCCUCAGGAAAAUCCUACAGACCGGAGAUAUCACCGAGCAGAAAACGGUGGAACUCGCCCAGAGGAUACUCGGCCUGCUCGACUCCCCGCGCAGUAGAUUGUCGCAAAUAAUCGCACGCUGCACCUCCAUCCGUUACUCAUAGGAUUCCUUUAGUGAAUAUUAGGACUUUGGUAAUUUUAAAGAAAUGCAAUAUUGGUUAAAAAUGUGUUUGCACGUUUCUUCUUAUUGCAGGUAGAUCUUUUAGAGAUAUUCCAAUAAAAAAACAAUUCAACGAUCCUUUCA